AUGACGGAUAGACCAAUGGUCCUCCGUAACUUCUUACAAAAAUAUUAUGCUAAUAAGCAGCAGGAGGAGGAGGAGGGAGAGGGAGACGAGGAGGAGGAGGAAGAGGAAGAGGAAGAGGAAGAGGAGGAGGAGGGAGAGGAAGAGGAAGAGGAGGAGGAGGGAGAGGGAGAGGAGGGAGAGGAGGGAGAGCGAGAGGAGGAGAAGAAGUAA